GCCCAGACCGACGGGCUUUGCAGUCGCGGGGCGUCCUUGGGGCGCAGGAGGCAGCCAGCGCCAUGCAAAACUACAAGUACGACAAGGCCAUCGCUCCCGAGAGCAAGAACGGAGGCAGCCCGGCGCUCAACAACAGCCCCAGGAGGAGCGGCAGCAAGCGGGUGCUCCUCAUCUGCCUCGAUCUCUUCUGCCUUUUCAUGGCUGGCCUGCCCUUCAUCAUCAUUGAAACCAGCACCAUCAAGCCUUACCAGCGAGGCUUCUAUUGCAACGAUGAGAGCAUCAAGUAUCCACUGAAAACUGGGGAGACCAUCAAUGAUGCAGUGCUCUGUGCAGUGGGGAUCGUCAUUGCCAUCCUAGCGAUUAUCACCGGGGAAUUCUACAGGAUCUAUUACCUAAAGGAGAAGUCCCGCUCGACCAUUCAGAAUCCAUAUGUGGCGGCCCUCUAUAAGCAAGUGGGAUGCUUCCUCUUCGGCUGUGCCAUCAGUCAGUCAUUCACAGACAUUGCCAAAGUCUCCAUAGGGCGCCUGCGUCCUCACUUCUUGAGUGUCUGCAAUCCUGAUUUCCGCCACAUCAACUGCUCUGAGGGCUACAUUCAGACGUACACCUGCAGAGGUGAUGACAGCAAAGUCCAAGAAGCCAGGAAGUCCUUCUUCUCUGGCCACGCUUCCUUCUCCAUGUACACCAUGCUGUAUUUGGUGCUGUACCUGCAGGCCCGCUUCACCUGGCGAGGUGCCCGCCUGCUGCGACCCCUCCUACAGUUCACCCUGAUCAUGAUGGCCUUUUACACAGGAUUGUCCCGCGUCUCUGACCACAAGCACCACCCCAGCGAUGUCCUGGCAGGAUUCGCACAAGGAGCCCUGGUGGCCUUCUGCAUAGUUUUCUUCGUGUCUGACCUCUUCAAGACCAAGUCAACACUCUCGCUGCCUCCUCCUGCCAUCCGGAAGGAAAUCCUUUCCCCGGUGGACAUUAUUGACAGGAACAAUCACCACAACAUGGUGUAGGUGCCACCCGCCUUCCAAGCUGCGCUUGUAAAGUGACUACUGACAGCAAGUUCUUGCUGCUCGCCAAUCUCAUCAGACAGUAGAAUGUAGGGAAAAACUUUUUUGCCCACCUGGUCUUAAAAAAAUGAAGAAAAAAGCCCCACCACUUACCUUGUGGCCUUCCAGCAUAGGUAGCACACACCUAUAUGGAAACAACAACAAACUAACACCAAGUGCCGGAACCCUGGAUGUGCAAUUGGUUUAAGUGUUCAUGUUCUAGUGAACUUGAGCUUCUUCUGGAACAAACACUAAAAUAAUCUGAGUCCAGUCUGCUGGUUACCAUGUGACCAGGGGAAUCCCAGGCCUGUGAGGAAAGUUCCAGUUUCCCUUGUAGCACACAAUGCCAGACAUAGCACUGAUCAAGAAAAUAGCUAUUGGGGCAAGAGGGAAACACCCCUCUUGUGUCCCUCAGUUCCACACCACUCUAUUCUUACUGACUUUGGGUUCAGGAUGUUUGGGAUUGUUUUGGGUUUGGUUUGGUUUUUCGAUGUAAACAAGAAGAGCAAGUUGACUGUGUCUAGUGAUCAGAUCCUGAAUCUAAAUACCCAGUCCUG